AUGACUGACAUUGCUAAGUUUGAGCAGUUUGGCUUAAAUACGUUUUACAAUGUCAUUCCGACAUUGGAUAAUGCUGGUGAUUGGUUCCAGUGGAACCAGAAGGUCAAUGAGUUCAUCCGAAUAUCCGCUGUCGCCGAUGAUGGAGUAACUCCGCCGGCGGAGGAAGAGGAGGCGCGGCGGUGGACCCAUCGCCAAAAGUUCUACUCUGCAAUGAUCGCGGCCAAGCUGACGCACAAUGCAGCACAACGAAUCAAGGCCUCUGAGAUAUCUCAAGUUGAGACCCUCAUCAAAGCAGUAAAGAAUAACUUCAAACCGGAGGGCACUGGAACAUACGUCAAUCUCCAGCGGCAGUAUAUGUCCCUCACGAGAGAGAAAUGCGGAAGCGCGCAAGCCCUAGGAGCCGAGAUCAGGAAGAUCCACGCUGAAAAGCUUCUACUCGAUCCAGACUGCGUAACCUCGGAAAUCGAGCGAACAUUCUUCUUCAUGCAUGCACUUGGUCCGGAGUAUGAAAGCUUCCGCGACCAUAUAUUUAGACAGAUGGACCUUGUUAAUGAAAGGGACGCGAAUGGAGCCGUUACAAGAGCAGCACCCUCAUUCGACUACAUCGAAAACAAGGCAAUCGAGGAAGAGCACAGAAAGGGCCAACUAGGCAGACAACCCACUGAGGCGCGGGCGCUUCCUGCUCUCGCCCUGGUACGAGUGCCAGGCGAGAAGAGAGUUAUACCGUCAUCAGACUUAAACACAUGUCGAAUUGAGAUCGAUAAUGUUCCGUACUGCUCAUUCUGCCGGAAGCCUUACCAUAGAGACUCGGGAUGUUUCAGCAAGAACCCCGGACUAAAGGAUCAGAAGAGAGAUGGAAAGAAGCCAAGGCCGAGGCCGGGCAGUUCAUCUACGGGCGCAUCGAAGUCGUUGAAGAGGCAGUCCACCACUGACGACGAAGACGACGACGUGGGUGGUCCAAAGGAUUCAAAGAAACCCACCUUCAUGGCGAUGAGGGCCACAGAAGAAGACGUCAAUGCAGCAUUCGGAAAGGACAUCGAAGGGAACCUUGCCGUAUUUAGCCACACCCUCGCAAUGAUGGCUACAAAGACAUUCUCGAUCCACGACGCUUGGAUUGUCGACAGUGGAUGUGCUCAGCACGUCUGCAACAACAGAUCGAAGUUUGUCCAGCUGAACAAUUAUUGUGGGCCGCCGCUCAGGAGUGUCGAUGCCUCGACGGCCCCACUGGGAGUGGGAACGGUGAACAUCCUCUGCAGCGUACGAGACAGAAGGAAAUGGCUUGUCCUUGACAACGUCCUAUUUGUCCCGUCAGCACACGCAAACCUCAUAUCCGUGAUGCAACUGCUCAAGCGAGGAGCCAAGAUUGAGUUCUCAAGUCAAGGUGCACGUAUUCGCAGCAAAUCAAACGGAAGGAAUCUGUACACUGCAAGCCAGUAUCAGGGGGUCUAUGCCCUCGAUCUAUGGGCCAGUCUCACCUUUCCAGCUUACCAUGUCAGUCCUCAAAUGAAGCUCUGGCACAAUCGGCUAGCUCACAUGAGCGAUACAAAUCUACGGCGUCUCAAAAGGCAAGCCUACGGUGUAAGAGACGUAGAGCCGAGGCAACCAUGCAACCCAUGCCUCCAGGGCCGAAUGAUUGAGAAACCCCACGGUCGCUCAGCACCGCAUCGAAGAGGUGAAUAUCCAAUGGAACUACUUCAUAUCGACGUUGCAGGACCAUUUGAUGAGGGACUCGACGGCAGUUGCUAUUGGCUCACCAUCGUCGACGAUUCAACCGGUUGGAUAGAGAUCAUCCCCAUACCACGACGGCAAGGAUUUGUCAUCGAAUCACUCCGCUUCUUCAUCGACCACAACGAACGUCCUGAACGAAAAUGCAGACGAAUACGCCUCGACCGGAUCCCUGAACAAGUGGGAGAAGAAAUGAAGUUCAUACUUUUCUCUCGGGCAAUUAAGGCCGAGGUCACCGGCGUGGAUCAACAUCAGCAGAACGGCGUUGCUGAACGAGCCCAUAAGACAAUCUAUGAUCGAGUUGGACCCACACUGGCCCAUGCAAAACUUCCGUUCAAGUUCUGGCCAGAGAUCGCACGCACCGCAGCUUUCCUCUCUAACCGGUCGCCGUCAUCAAGGCUUAACAUGACACCGUACCAAGCGUGGUACGGCGAGAAACCUGACCUGUCACGACUGAGAGUGAUCGGAUCCAGGGGGGAAUACCUGAUCCCACCCAAGCAAAGGAAGAAGCUCACGGAGCCAAGAACAAGGUCAUGCAUCCUGCUAGGCUACGAAGGAAACACCAACUACCGUAUCUUGCUGGAGGACGGAAGAAUCAUUGGGACCCCAAAUGCUGAAUUUCAUGAAAUCCUUACAAACCCCUCCACGCAGACUCUAGAAGACGUGGGAGCCAGACUGAACGGCUUACCUGAGGCAACGGCUGCUGCCGCAGGGGGGAACAAGACGGCUGGACGACUGGACCAACCGUCUGUAAGCAUACGGCAAGCAUCCGUACCAGCCUCUGGGCGCCAAGUGUCGAUGGCAGCACCAGAGCGGAUACUACGCCGGUCGAGUAACGAGAACUCGCAAGUAUAUCAGUCGAGUGACGAUGACUCGCAGGAACAAGUGUCGUCUCAAUCGAGUGACGAUGACUCGCAGCCUAAUGUUGCUGAACAGGGAGAUAGGACCUUGUCGCCGAUACGGAGUAACGACAGUUUUGGAUCAUUUUCAGAUUUUAUACAGGAUGAUUUCCAGACGAGUGAGUCACUGACCGACGGCGACCAGCGACAGGACGACACUCAACAACGAGCGCUACCCCAGUCGAGUGACGAUGACUCGCAGCCUACUGUUGCUGAACAGGGAGAUAGGACCUUGUCCCCGAUACGGAGUGAUGACGCCUCUGGAUCCCUCUCGGAUACUAUCCAAGAUGAUCUCCAGGGAAAUGACUCAUUGCCCGGCGGCGACCAGCAACAAGGCAACGCUCAGCAGUAUCAAGUUUCAGGAGGAUGGCAACGAUAUCCAGAACUCCAACUUGACCGAUCAGUUCAUGUCGUGCAACAAGAAGCACUAGAACGACAUCCUGAACUGAAAACCCGUGCCUUACAGGCGACACAGGAUACGUCUAAUGAUAGCGAGGAAGACCUUGCACUAAUGAACGUACCUGAAGGGAAUACAAUCCCAACAUUCUUAACCAUCGCUGCAGAAGAGACGGAACCCUUUGAGCCCAAGACUCUUCAGCAAGCGAAGAACGACGCAAGCUGGCUUGAAUGGGAAAAGGCAAUGCUUGAAGAGGUCAAUUCGCUCAAACAAAACAAAACGUGGGAGCUUGUUGAUCCUCCCAAAGACCGGCGGACUCUGAGCGGAAAGUGGGUCUUCAAGCUUAAACGUGGACCUCAUGGGGAGGUCAUCCGUCACAAGGCAAGAUGGGUAGUGAGAGGGUUCACGCAAAAAGAGGGUGUCGAUUAUGACGAAACAUUCGCUUCAGUCGUCAAGCCAAUGAGCUACAAAGCGCUCUUCGCAAUUGGAGCUGCUCUGGGUCUUGAGAUUGAACAAAUGGAUGUCAAAACGGCAUUUCUCUACGGCGAAAUUGACCAUGAGAUCUACCUCGAGCAGCCCCAUCACGUGACAGAUGGCACGCCAAGGGUCUGCAGGCUCCGGAAGGCGCUCUAUGGCCUAAAGCAGGCUCCUCGUAUCUGGUACCAGACCCUUACAAACUUCCUGCGCGGUCUCGGCUUCGAGCCAAUCAGCGCUGAUCUUGGAAUAUUCGUGCGGAGCAACAUGUAUAUCGCGGUGUACGUCGAUGAUCUCUUGAUUGUGGGGCCAAGUAUUGCCGAGAUAAAAAGAAUCAAGAGAACCCUCAGAAACCGUUUCCAAAUGACGGACCUCGGACCGUGUACCUAUUAUCUUGGGAUGUCCAUCCAGCGAGACCGCCAGAACAGGAUACUGUACCUGAGUCAAGAAGCCUACAUCGACAAGGUGGUUCAUCAGUUUGGAAUGGACAAUUGUGCUCCCGUCAGCACACCCAUAGAGACCUCACCACUGCCGGACAACAGCCCAGGAUACAGCUGUCCCCCAUAUCAAAGAGUUGAAUAUCAACGCAUUAUAGGAUCUCUCAUGUACAUCAUGCUCGGGACCAGGGGAGACAUCGCAUAUGCGGUCUCUAUAGCGAGCAGAUACCUAGUAAAUCCUGGACCCCAACACAUAAAACUUGCUCGGCGCAUCCUACGGUACCUCAAGGGCACGAAGGGACUCAGACUCACCUAUAAGGGCCACCCUCAAAUGCUGAAGGGCUUUACGGAUGCUGACUGGGCUGGGUGCCGCGACACUCGACGAUCAACGGCUGGAUACCUCUUCAACAUCGGGAGCGGAGCGAUCAGCUGGCAGUCCAAACGCCAGAGCAUUGUCGCUCUAUCAACCUGCGAGGCCGAAUUCCUGGGACAGACACAAGCAACCAAGGAAGCAAUCUGGCUGAGAAGACUUCUCAACGAGUUGAAUAUGAGCCAAGGAAAAGCCGCAACGAUCAUCUGUGGCGACAAUCAGGGAGCCAUCGCUCUGUCAUCGAACCCACAAUACCACUCACGUACCAAGCAUAUGGAAAUACAACGUAAAUGGCAAGGAGAAGUCCAAGAUGCGGAGAUGGUUGAACUGAAGUAUAUCCCAACUGCGGAACAAAUUGCCGAUGGGUUCACCAAGCCUCUUGCACGAGACAGAUUCGAAUGGUUCCGGAGAGGGCUUGGCAUCGAAUGA